CCCAGCUGUCUUGAAAAACACCCAGUUCAGGGAUGUGACCAUGAGAGCAUUUUUUUAGUGGGACCCUACUUAGUGGGUCCAGGUGCCAAGUGGGCUAGCUAAGUGAUACAGCCCUUGCCCUGACAGCCUGCAUCCCAUCUAAUUGUUGAAGGCAGCAUUUCAUCCACUACGUGUUUGGGGCUAGACUGUAAUGAAAUGAUAUCACCCCAAAGAGGCUAGUGGAAUUCCUGAGUAUUGUGGGAGGGUGGCAAAAAUGUCUUCUGUAGGGCCACAUUUGGCGCCAUGCCUCCAGCUGGAGGGCCCCGCUUGAGACAUGCAAGAACUUUUACUUAGAAGACGGACGGCAGAGAGGGCUGAGAAGUGUCCGUGCCGGAGCUUGUGGAACAGAGAAUCUUACUGUUGAGUCUGGAAAGGUGGAGUGUUUUGGAAGCAAUGGGCAGACUACACACUCCACUCCAUUGGUCCAGCUCACGUAUUGGAGCUGACUUUCCAUAGGAAGGCUGUCAAGUGAAAAGAUAUUUAAUUGUGAUGAAAAUAUUAGGAAGGUCUCUCUGACACAGAAGGUUGUCGCAGAGCCAGUAUGAGCGACGAGAACAAGGAGUGGGCAAUCCUGAGCCCGGAGGACUUCACCCAACUGCAGAAGUACAUUGAUUACAGCACCAAGAAGGUUAAAGAUGUUCAGCAAGAGUUCUAUGGGGAUGGUACAUCUUGCCCUCACUUGGUUGAAGACACAAUAGAUUUUGAAGCAUUCAAAUCCUUUUUGAAAACAUACCUGGAAGUAGAUGACAUUCCCAACAAUCUCUGUGAGCGUCUCUUCAUGUCUUUUCAAGCAACCCCAAUUGAGAGCAAAAAAAGUGGGGAGGAUGAGACAGAAGGCAUAAAAGGUAGUGGCCGUAUCAGUCUAAAUGAUGUGUCCUGUUAUUUCUCUUUGCUGGAAAGUGGCACUGCUGAGGAUAAACUGGCAUUCACCUUUAAAUUGUAUGACAAAGACAGCAAUGGUCUUCUGGACAGCUCUGAGGUGGACAGGAUUAUAACACAAAUGAUGCGUGUAGCGGAAUAUCUGGACUGGGACAUCACGGAACUCAAACCUAUGUUAGAGGAGAUGAUGAGACAAGUGGACUAUGAUGGAAAUGGAAUAGUCUCUUAUGAAGAAUGGGUUAAAGGAGGACUCACAACAGUGCCUCUGCUGGUGCUUCUAGGAAUGGAAGUUAAUAUAAAAGACGAUGGGCAGCACCUGUGGCGCCUGAAGCAUUUCAACCGCCCUGUGUAUUGCAAUGUGUGUGAAGCUCUUCUUUUUGGGGUCAGGAAGCAGGGCCUGUGUUGCACUUUCUGUAAGUUUACCGUUCAUGAACGCUGUGCCCGCAAAGCGCCUAAUUCCUGCAUAAGCACGUAUGCCAAAUCACGCAAGGAUUUCAGCGAGCAGGCCCAUGUUUGGAUGAGAGGUGGAUGUGAGGCCAGCAAGUGUGACAAAUGCCAAAAAAAAAUAAAAAGUUUCCAGAGCCUGACUGGGCAGCGCUGUGUGUGGUGUCAUACAAAGGUUCAUGAUGAAUGUGCCUCAUCCCCACUGUGUGAUGGUGGAAUCUUAAAGGACCACAUAUUACCUCCUGCUUGCAUAUAUCCAGUAAUCCUGGAACGACAGAAUAGCCAAAAAAAUCUUCUAGCUUCCUCAGAAGAAGCAUCACAGACGUUUAGUACCCCAGAAGGACAAGUCCUGCGGAUUGCCCCAUUACCAGGUACACACCCUCUACUUGUCUUUGUAAACCCAAAGAGUGGAGGGAAGCAGGGGGAAAGAGUGCUGAGGAAAUUCCAGUAUCUGCUAAAUCCCAGACAAGUCCAUAACUUGAUAAAGGGAGGCCCUUCCCCAGGGCUGAAUUUUUUCCGGGAUGUCCCAGAAUAUCGUAUCUUAGUAUGCGGCGGUGAUGGAACAGUCGGUUGGAUCCUGGAUGCUAUUGACAAGGCAAACCUUCCAUAUAGACCACCUGUAGCUGUGCUGCCCCUCGGUACAGGAAAUGACCUUGCGCGAUGUCUCAGCUGGGGAGGUGGUUAUGAUGGAGAAAAUCUAAUGAAGUUCUUGAAGGACAUUGAAAAGAGUGUACCCAUUAAAAUGGACAGAUGGAACAUUGAGGUUAUACCUGAAAACCCAGAUGAGAAGGGAGACCCAGUUCCUUACGAGAUUAUAAACAACUACUUUUCCAUUGGGGUGGAUGCAUCUAUAGCUCACAGAUUCCAUAAUAUGAGGGAAAAAUAUCCAGAGAAAUUCAAUAGCAGAAUGAAGAACAAAUUGUGGUAUUUUGAGUUUGCUACAUCAGAGACUGUUUUCUCUACCUGUAAAAAACUUAAAGAGGUCAUUACAAUUGAGUGUUGUGGCUCCCCGUUGAAACUCAGCUCUCUGUCCCUGGAAGGCAUCGCAGUUAUAAAUAUUCCAAGCAUGCAUGGGGGUUCCAACCUAUGGGGAGAGACUAAGAAACACUGGGGAGAACCUCGCAAUGCUUCAUGUCAUAAUGCCCCUGAAGCCAUUACUGACCCUGAUGCCUUAAAGUCAUGUGUACAAGACCUCAGUGACAAGAGGCUGGAGGUAGUAGGACUUGAGGGUGCUAUUGAGAUGGGGCAGAUUUAUACUGGACUGAAGAGUGCUGGCAAACGACUUGCAACAUGUUCUGAACUAACAAUAAGGACCACAAAGCCCCUCCCAAUGCAAAUUGAUGGCGAGCCCUGGAUGCAGCCACCCUGCACGAUAAAAAUCACACAUAAGAACCAGGCACCGAUGCUGCGUGCCCCUGCGCCCCGUUCUUCAAGCUUUUUCUCCCUGAAGUAAACUUUUAUUCCUGCUGUUGACCUAUACUGUAUUUAAGCCAGGAGCCUAUUUGCUAGUCAACACUGCCUUAUCCUUCCCCACUUCCUUUUGUUGGGUUUGUCAAGUCCUGCCUUGCCAUUUUCCCUUUCCCACCAACCCAGAUUCUGGAGCUUCUGAUCCACCCAGCAGACUGCUCUUGUUAAACUGGCUUAGGCAUCAGAGUGAAAAGCAAGAGCUCAAGACUGUGGAAUUGUCAGAGCCCCUGUUUAAUAAUGUAUAUAUAUUUUAGAAUGUAUUGCUGAGAUCUUAAAGAUAUAUAUAUAUAUAUAUAUGUAUGUAUUUAGUCUUUCUUGUAAAGGCCAAGCUACUGUAUACACCUUUUAGUAAGGUUCUUAACUUGUGGGGACCAGACCAUUAUGAUUUGAGUGUCCUGGACCAAAUAAUAGUCAUUUUAGAAAAAAGAAAAGUCAUUAAAUGCAGAUUUCUGCUUAUAGAAAAAGGAACUUUGUUCUAUCUACAACUGUAACACUUACAGAUAAGAGAUAUAUAUGUCAUGCUGUACCACAUGACUUAUGUACUAGAGUCAUUUUUCAGUUUUGCUGCCCUUACUUGCAGUAGAUACAUAACGAUCAGUCAUAGACAAAACAAAGAGUUGUACGUGUGCUUUCCAGGCACAUCCCACCCAGUUACAGCACUAUAUGUAGAACCUAUUCAAUGACAAUAAAAUGCAAUAUGUGCUAUUAAAUCUCAUCCUUUUAAAGAGG